UUGAUCGGUGAACUGCGUGAACACGUAGAUCUUGCCGAUCAGGCACGUUGUCGAUCUCUGAUUAUUGUGGCUACCGAGAGAAUCUCGCUUAAUGUGAAAACGAAAAUAAUCUCGCGGAAAUAUACAAGGAAAUCGGUUGGAUAAGUGAGAAAUCUUAUGGAAAAAUCGAUAUCAAGUGCCGAGAGUUCUUAUCACACUUCGACUGAGGAAAAUGGUACUUUUUAAAGAUUGAACGAUUAAAUACAAGCGAGCGUGUGUUUAUGUGUGUGUAUCUAUGUGCAUGGAUUCUUUAUAAUCAAUUAACCGCUGUACUCGGUGUUCAAUAAUUCAUUAAUUCACAAAAGACAACCGAUCGCGCACGUGGGCACUGUACGACAGCGAAGAUCUACGGAUUUCCCAUACAGUUUCACGUAAGUGUUUCGGACUACUGAAUCUGGUAGGAAUUUCCGGAUGACUCAAUGCUUUCACGGACAUCGAAUGUGAUUGAUGACGCGUGCAUUCGUGCGAAGACAUUGAAAAAAUCAGUGCGAUGGUGAAAGAUAAUGAUAUAAUAGGUGAUCGGAGAAACAACCGAUAAUACAUCGCUAGCGAUUCUAUAAUUCUCAAGAGCUUCGGGAUUUAUCUGUUUGACUAACGGCAAAGCCGGCUAAUCAAACACAAGAGGAAACAAGAGAGAAAUAGAGAAAAAGCUGACUGAAAUCCUCAAUUAAAACCGGCACCGGUCAUCAAACAAAUAACGCGUUACAUGGAAGACUUAUCGGCGAGUGCAACCAGGGUGUGACGAGAUAAAUGCGCACGAUCUAAUAUGAUAUCGAGUGACGAAAGAGGAGCGGAAGCGUCUGUCUCGCCUAAAUGCCGCGACAAGUAUCGCACGUCGUAAUCAUAGGUGCAUCCGGAGCAGGAUCGAAUUACUAUUUCCAUUUCCAAAGUCUCAAUAAUUGACAAAUUCAAAGUUCGAUUAUACUCAAUGCAAAGUGCUUGACGCGCAUUUAACGCUUGACGUUGAUUUAAAGGUUGACACAAAUUUCGAGUACGUUCUCAAUAAUCGAUACUCGAUAGACUUUGAUAAGAUGCAACUACCGUCCAGGAUGCGACUCAUUUGUGUCUACGUCUUUUUCGUAUAUUUUUUGAUACCGAUUGCGUGCACGAGUGACGCGAUACCCACCAUAUAUCCUAUCCCAUUGCAAAAUGAAACCACAAUGCCGGAGGCAUACAAGCACUCACCGUUAGUGGGAAAAUGUUGCUCCAUAGACGAGGUCCUUAUAAAAGAUAAGCACGGGAAUGCCAUUUGUGCUUCUUCGAAUGACUCGUCGACGUAUUUUUCGCCUCUCUUCAGCGAGUUCAAUAGUACCGGCGCGCUGGUGCCCGGUGAUGAACGUAAGAUAUUCACCGCUCUCGUGGGAAAUCCCUGCAAAAAGAGGUACGUGCUAGAACCGAAGAAGGUCGGAGAAGACUGGAACGAUGAGUAUUAUUUAUUGCUAAAUGGUUCCAUUUUCGCGCCACGACUCGAUCAUGUACCGAUUAUGUUGAUGCCCGGUAAGGACUAUUGCAUGGAGAUUGUGCCCGAGGAGGGACUUCGAGCAUUUGUCUGUUUUCAAGAUGUUGCCAUUCUGAUCGCGGAUCCGCGGGUCACUAUUUAUGCCUGCGGGCUCCUGAUCUCAGUUCCUUUUCUGAUACUUACCAUUGCGGCAUACACGAUAACGCCAAGGUUGAGAGACGUCCACGGGAAAGCCCUUUGCCACUAUUGCGGCUGCUUGGCGCUGGCCUUUAUCACUUUGGCCAUUACGCAACUCGCGAGCUCGCAGUUGUCACCUCAAGUCUGCGUUAGUAUAGCAUUCGUCAUCCAAUUCUCGUUUGUGGCCUGCUUCUUCUGGCUGAAUGUGAUGUGCAUCGAAACAUGGGCAUUGGUACACCAUCAUGUGAACCAGCGCUCGUAUAGGAGAAUCCAGCCUAAAACGCUGUUCUUCUACUACUCGAUAUGGGCCUGGGGCUUCCCGGCAGGCCUCAUUCUCGUCUCGAUGUCGAUGGAUCUCUCUCCAACAAUACCCACGACCUACGUCAAACCCGCUUUUGGUAGCGAGAGCUGCUGGUUCAAAUCCGAUGCGGCGGCCAUGCCGUAUUUCUACGUACCAGUCGGUAUCCUUCUGUUAACGAACACGAUCCUCUUCAUAAUCACUGCCAUCAAGAUCAGCCGGUACCAGCACGUGCUUGCGCUGAGACGCUUGGCGAGGAAUCACCAUUCCGACCGGGAGGAUCAGAAGCUCUUCCGCAAACUCAAACGGAUCUUCAUCGUUUGUCUUGCACUCUUCUUUUUGAUGGGUCUCAAUUGGAUGAUGGAAUUAAUUUCUUGGGGAGUUGGCGGCGAUCCUUUCGCCUGGACGGCGUUCGAUUUGGUGAACGCGCUUCAGGGUGUUCUCAUCUUCGGUCUGUUCGUUCUGAGAAGACCUAUCAGGGACCUCGUUUGGCAUAGAAUACAGAAGAUACGGGGAAUAAACACCACAGAACUAAACGUCGGAAGCAUGGACUUGGCACUAUUACCCGUAAUAAAUGGCGAUAUUCCAGAGAGAUCUUAUAAUGAUUCUUAGAAAAGUUUUUAGAAAAAGACUGAUCUUUUUCUAAACAUGACAAGAUGAUGCAUUUAAUACAGGCUGAAGUGAUAUCGACUGUAAACUUAAAGCGAUCGAUAAACCGAUAAACCAAUGGACCGACAAAAGGAAGGAGCCGGGAUAUAUGGUCUCACGUCAAUGAGAUGAAAGUUAUUUUAAUUUCGCUGUGUGCAACACAGAGCGACCUUCUCGAACGGUGACGCUCAUGAAGAGAUAUAAAAUAUCUUGUAAUAUUGGUGUAAUAUCUUGUAAUAUUGGUGUGAUUUCGUUGGAAAUCACUCGAGAAACUCACUCAAGUUAACUAGCGAGAUCCGAUGCACGGAACUUUCGCCUAAAGGAGAUUAUUUAUAAAUAUUUAAUUGAAUCACAAUUUUUAUAAGUAAUAGUUUCUAGUCUUUUUUGCAAUAAUCUAAUUGUAAAUAUCAAUGCGCAUGUCGAGGCGUUUUAAUUUCAAGUAAAAUGCAUCGACAGAGGAAACGACGUGACUUUGCGCGCGUUGAAUUACAAGUAUUUCGCGAUGUUAUGUGAAAAUCUUUUUCUGCAAGGUAACGUGUUACAUAACGCAUUAUUCGUCCACCUCCGCGAAAUAUAGUACAUAUUGCGAUGUUACUGCGCUAAUUACACAACUGUGGAGAUAAACAACGGAUGGAUCUCGCUCAAGGAUCUCAAAUGAUAAGAAUGUAAUUUGCGCAAUUAAAUAAGUGUGAGAACCGGUUGUAAUCCUAAAUUGAUAUUCAUUAAGUGCGACUAAAUGAUUAUACAUCGCAGUAUUAACCAUAGUGGUAUUAACGAUAAUACUUGUAGUUCUUCAAUUCACGCCGCGAGUCGAUGUUCACAUCGAUAAUGUUACCAUAUUUUGUGUACUUAUACAUUGCUUAUUGUUGAACGAAACAACAAUGCGAUACAAUAAUAUUAUUGUGCGAAGCCUUUAUUUCAUGAAUCCGGUAUGACACGUUAUGUUAAUAUUAUACAUUACCAACAAAUUAAAUCUAAACAAAAGCGCAGCAUAGUGAAUAUUGAAUAGAAUACGUCAAAACGUGUUUAUACACUAAUUAUAAAUUCAUCACAAAUACG